GACAUCACCAGAGGGCUCAUCAUGGCACCACUUGGACUAAAAGCUAUUGUUGGAGAAAAGAUAAUGAACAAUGUCAUCAAGAAAGCAAGAGAAAAAGGGAAAUGGAAGGUGCUGGUGGUGGACAAGCUGAGCAUGAGGAUGAUCUCGUCCUGCUGUAAGAUGACAGAUAUCAUGUCAGAGGGAAUCACCAUUGUAGAAGACAUAACCAAGCGCCGUGAGCCUCUGCCCAGCAUGGAGGCCAUCUACCUGAUCACACCCUCAGAUGAGUCUGUUGAGGCUCUGAUUGAUGACUUCAGAGACCCGCAGUGUCCGAGGUACCGCGGAGCUCACGUCUUCUUCACCGACACGAUCCCGGAAACAUUGUUUGGACUUUUGACCAAAUCUCGCGCCUCCAAAGCCAUGAAGGCCUUGACUGAGAUCCACAUCGCCUUUCUGCCCUAUGAAUCUCAGGUCUUCUCCCUGGACAAAGAUGAUGCCUUUCAGGACUUCUACAGCCCCUUCAAGGCUGACGUGAAGAACAACAUGCUGGAGCGUUGUGCUGAGCAGCUCGCCACCCUCUGUGCCACACUCACAGAGUAUCCUGGAGUCCGAUACAGAGUGGAAUACAAAGACUGUGCAGUUCUGGCCCAAAUGCUACAGGAGAAGCUAGACGGCUACAAGGCGGAUGACCCCACCAUGGGAGAGGGUCCAGACAAGUCUCGUACUCAGCUGCUCAUCCUGGAUCGUGGCUUUGAUCCCGUGUCACCUGUCCUGCACGAGCUCACGCUGCAGGCCAUGGCCUACGACCUGCUGGGCAUCCAGAAGGACGUCUACAGCUUUGAGACCAGCGGGAUGGGAGAGACGAGAACGAAGGAAGUCGUGCUGGAUGAGGAUGAUGACCUGUGGCUGACUCUGAGACACAAACACAUCGCAGAGGUGUCAACGGCUGUUACUCGUUCUCUGAAAGACUUCUCUGCCAGCAAAAAGAUGAACACUGGAGAAAAGACCACCAUGAAGGAACUGGCUCAGAUGCUGAAGAAGAUGCCUCAGUAUCAGAAAGAGCUCAGCAAGUAUUCAACCCACCUCCACCUGGCUGAAGACUGCAUGAACCGCUACCAGGGCACCGUGGACAAGCUGUGUCGUGUAGAGCAGGAUCUUGCAAUGGGCAUAGAUGCAGAGGGAGAGAAGAUCAAGGAUCCCAUGAGACUCAUUGUACCCAUUCUGCUGGAUGCCAACGUCAGUGUGUCUGACAAGAUUCGCAUUAUCCUGCUCUACAUCUUCCUUAAGAACGGUGUGACUGAGGAGAAUCUGUGUAAGCUCCUCCAGCAUGCUAGCAUCCCACCAGAGGACAGUGACAUCAUUUCCAAUAUGGCCCACAUGGGCCUUCCCAUUGUUUCUGAGGUCACUGUCAAAAAAGCCAAGAAGCCAGAUCGCAAGGAGCGCGUCAGUGAGCAGACCUACCAGCUGUCCAGGUGGACUCCUCUCAUGAAGGACCUCAUCGAGGAUGCCAUUGAGGACAAGCUUGACGCUAAGCAAUACCCGUACAUCUCCCAGAGACAAGCAUCUGCCAAAGCCAGCGCUCCAUCAAGUGCUCGCUAUGGUAACUGGCACAAGAACAGGGGCCCCACAGAGAUGAAGACGGGGCCCAGGAUCAUCGUCUUUAUUAUUGGAGGGAUGACGUACAGCGAGAUGCGCUGCGUCUAUGAGGUCACCCAGGCCAAUGGCAAGUGGGAGGCCCUGAUUGGUUCCACCCACAUUCUCACUCCCCCGAUAUACCUAAAGGAGCUUCAACACCCAGACUUCCUGGACCCCAACACCCCUCCAGAGGGCACAGAGGGCCCAGAGGAGCCACCUGCAGAAUGAAAAGGAUCAAGUGAAAUCUUCACCCUUUCUCGCCUUCUAAACGCCCUCAAAGAUUGAAGCCAGAGACCAGCAGACCAGUGAAAAGGUUCCAGAGCUCCUCAACCCUCAGCCGUAACAUCUAGACUCUCCUCUCCUCCCCCUGGCAUCACACAUCAAAUAUAUGCUUAACUCAAAAACCAAACUAUGUUUUCAGUGUAUUGAUGUUGAUAAAAUGUUAUUGGACGAGAUUGGAUUUGUGUUGAAUGUUGUCUUCUGUAUAUUAUGGGACAUUUAUGUCUUUGGAAAAGUACUGUACGUGAAUUAGUUUAGAUGAUUGGAUGAGAUUCUGGGAUUGUGGGCUAUAAAUGCAUACUGGACUGGGACAAUUAUUACACUGCUUCAGUUAUAACAGAACUAGUGCUGGGCAAGUUAACGCAUUCAUUAAUUAAUGCCGACAAUUAUUUUAUCACACCUU